UCUACUUAUCUGCUCGUUUACACAAACCGGUCACAUUCGCUGUGAGUGUAGCGUGCGGAGGAACAGUCUGCGGGAGAGUGAGGGAGGCGACUUAAACCUACCAAGUAGGCAUCGUUCUUCAUUGGCUUUAACCUGUCUGUGUGCUUGUAUUUUUUGAUGGUUACAACUUCAAGGGAUUAUUAUCGAACGACACGUUUCCCUGAAAUGAAACCAGUCGAUCAUGCCCCCUAGAUAGCAGCCUCACCACCCCUUUACUCCCCCCCCCCUUACCCCUCUCGUCCCCUACUCUCCAGUGGUCCACAAUGCCCCCGCGGAAGCGGACGCGCCCCGCCCUGGGGUUCCUGUGCUGCUUUGGCAGCAGCGAGCCCCUGGAGAUCAACCUGAAGGACAGCGUGCCCCUGCAGUUGCUGGAGUUCAGUGCCCCCAUGCCCCUGGCCGAAGAACUGCACGCACGUUUCUCUGAACUGGUGGAUGAAUUGGACCUGACAGACAAGAACAGGGAGGCAAUGUUUGCUCUACCUGCUGAGAAGAAAUGGCAGAUCUACUGCAGCAAGAAGAAGGAGCAAGAGGACCCCAACAAGCUGGCCACAAGCUGGCCCGACUACUACAUCGACCGCAUCAACUCCAUGGCUGCUAUGCAGACCCUGUUCGCCUUUGACGAGGAGGAGAUGGAGAUGAGGAACAAAGUGGUGGAGGACCUGAAAACAGCACUUCGGACUCAGCCAAUGAGGUUUGUGACGCGCUUCAUUGAGCUCGAGGGCCUCACCUGCCUGCUCAAUUUCCUGCGGAGCAUGGACUACGAGACGUCGGAGAGCCGCGUGCACACCUCGGUCAUCGGCUGCAUCAAGGCCCUGAUGAACAACUCGCAGGGUCGAGCUCACGUGCUGGCCCACCCGCAGAGCAUCAAUACCAUCUCCCAGAGCUUGCGGCAGGACAACGUCAAGACCAAAGUGGCCGUGCUGGAGAUCCUGGGCGCAGUGUGCCUAGUGCCCGAUGGCCACAAGAAGGUGCUGCAGGCGAUGGCCCACUACCAGAAGUAUGCCGCCGAGAGGACCCGCUUCCAGACGUUACUGAAUGAGCUAGACAGAAGUACGGGGCGCUACAGAGACGAGGUCAACCUGAAGACAGCCAUCAUGUCCUUUAUCAACGCUGUGCUCAAUGCCGGGGCUGGGGAGGACAACCUGGAGUUCCGCCUCCACCUUAGGUACGAGUUCCUGAUGUUGGGGAUCCAGCCCGUGAUUGACAAGCUCAGAGGGCACGAUAAUGCCAUUCUGGACAGGCAUUUGGACUUCUUUGAGAUGGUGAGGAAUGAGGAUGACUUGGAACUUGCCAAGCGUUUUGACCUGACCCAUGUGGACACUAAGAGUGCUGGCCAGAUGUUUGAGUUGAUCAAGAAGAAGCUGAACCACACAGAUGCCUAUCCUUACCUGCUCUCUAUCCUCCAGCACUGCCUCCAGAUGCCCUACAAACGCGGAGGGGGCAGUCUGCAGCAUUGGCAGCUCCUAGACCGGAUCCUGCAGCAGAUAGUCCUACAAGAUGAGAAGGGAGAGGACCCGGACAUAGCGCCCCUAGACAACUUCAGUGUCAAAAAUAUAAUUCGCAUGUUGUUCAAUGAAAAUGAGGUUAAGCAAUGGAGAGACCAAGCAGAGAAGUUCAGGAAAGACCACUCAGAGCUAAUGGCCAAGCUGGAGCGGAAAGAGAGGGAAUGUGAUACCAAGACGCAGGAGAAGGAGGACAUGAUGAAGACCCUCAAUAAGAUGAAGGACAAACUACAGAGAGAGGGAGUGGAGUUGCGGUCAGCGCGGGACCAAGUGCUCGACCUGCACUCGCGCAUCAGUGACAUAGCAGGUGACAGCGUACCUUUCCCUCCUCCGCCCCCUGGUGGCCCCGUCCCCCCCUCCCCCAUGACUGGAGGCUUCCCUCCGCCCCCUCCCCCUCUGCCAUUCAGCUGCCCUCCUCCUCCCCCUCCUCCACCUGGAGGCCCUCCUCCUCCUCCUGGAGCUCCACCCAUCUUCUCUGGAAUCCCACCUCCUCUGGGCCCACCUGGAUUUGGUACUACUGCUACCAUGCGCUCAAAGUCUAUCCCGCAGCCCUCGCACCCGCUCAAAUCCUUCAACUGGGCCAAGCUGGGCGAGAACAAGAUCACUGGCACCAUCUGGCACGACGUCGAUGACCUAAGGGCCUUCAAGAUCCUCGACCUCAAGGACAUCGAAAAGAUGUUCUCGGCCUAUCAGAGACAGCAAAAGGAAACCGGCUCGAUGGAUGACCUGUACCUGAGCACUCGCAAGGUGAAGGAGCUGUCGGUAAUCGACGGUCGGCGCGCUCAGAACUGCGUCAUCCUGCUCUCCAAGUUAAAAAUGAGCAAUGAGGAGAUCAAGAGGGCCAUUCUAGAGAUGGACGAGCGGGAAGAGCUAGCCAAGGACAUGCUGGAGCAGCUGCUGAAGUUUGUCCCUGAAAAGAGUGACAUUGACCUCCUGGAAGAGCACAAACACGAGCUGGAGCGCAUGGCCCGUGCUGACCGCUUCCUCUUUGAGAUGAGCAGAAUUGACCACUACCAGCAGAGACUUCAGGCCCUGUACUUCAAGAAGAAGUUUGCAGAGCGCCUGGCGGAAACCAAGCCCAAGGUCGAAGCCAUACUGAGUGCCUCGAAGGAGGUGGUCCGCAGUAAGAGGUUGACUCAGACCCUGGAGGUGGUCCUGGCCUUCGGAAACUUCAUGAACAAAGGUCAGCGGGGCAACGCCUACGGCUUCAAGGUGUCAUCCCUCAACAAGAUCGCAGACACCAAGUCCAGCAUAGACAGGAACAUCACCAUGUUGCACUACCUAAUCAUGAUUUUUGAGAAGAACUACCCUGACAUCCUCCACAUCCAGCAGGACCUGCUCAGCAUACCUGAGGCAGCCAAAGUCAAUCUGGCUGAGCUAGAGAAAGAGGUGCACAACAUCAAGAGUGGACUGAAGGCUAUAGAGACUGAGCUGCAGUACCAGCAGAGCAGGACGACGGACCGAGGGGACAAGUUUGUCCCCGUGGUGGGGGACUUCAUCACAGUGGCCAGCUUCAGCUUCUCUGAGCUAGAAGACCUUCUGAACGAGGCCAAGGACAAGUUCACCAAGUCACUGAAGCACUUUGGGGAGGAGCAGGAUCGCAUGCAGCCCGAUGAGUUCUUUGGGAUCUUCGACACAUUCCUGGUGUCGUUCGACGAAGCCAGGCAGGACCUGGAGAACAUGCAGCGCCGCAAGCAGGAGGAGGAAAGGAGAGCACGCAUGGAAGUCAUGCUGAAGGAGCAGCGAGAGCGUGAACGGCGGGCCAAGAAGGGUGGCGCCACGGACGAGGUGGGGGGCGAGUUUGACGACCUGGUGUCGGCGUUGCGCUCUGGCGAGGUCUUUGACAAGGACCUGUCCAAACUCAAGCGCAACCGCAAGCGUUCGGUCAAUCAGCUAGUGGAAGGGGGUGGCCGCGAAAGACCGGUCACCAAGGUCAACUAUUAAUGACCCCUGGCCCCCAGGAGUCAUAGAUGAAAGGGAGACAACAAACAAUGUUGGCACUGUUUUCCUCACCGGUGAACUCUAGAGGUUAAGGGUCAGAGGGUAAGAUUGUGGGUGUUGGAUUGCCGUUUUGAUAUAGCAGCCACACAACCCAUCGGAAGGAAAGUAGAUUUUUAGUUGACGAGAAUUGCUCUUCUUCAAAACUCCACCAAGACACCUGACCCCAUCUUCAGAAGUGGACUACAGACACUUAAACUGACUGACAGACAGACCACUGUGACAUGACUCCCUUUCCUCUUUAGACCACCUCUCCAUCCCCUUUUGACCACAUCUCUCCAGAACUGUGCUCCAUGUCUCUCUUUGUCUAUCCCCCUCUUUCUCACUGUGCUCUUCCACUCACACACACACACACACACACACACACACACACACACACACACACACACACACACACACACACACACAC